AUGUCUCUUUAUUCUAUCUUAUAUCUUUCAUCUAAUAAUUUAACUGGCAAUAUUCCAGAUUUUAGUAAUAAUAUUAAUUUAACACACUUGUGUCUUUCAGAUAAUAAGCUAUCAGGUAAUAUUCCAGACUUUAGUAGAAAUCAUGCCCUGGCAAAAUUAAAUAUUUCAUACAAUAAACUAUCGGGUAAUCUUCCAAGUUUUAUCAAUAAUCGAGCAUUAUAUUUGUUACAUCUAUCCAAAAAUUAUGAUUUCAAUUAUAACUGUCCUGGUGGUAAGGAUAUAAUUAGUCCAGAGCAGAUUACAAAUCUAAUAUCUUGUAAACUAGGUAAAAUCAUAUUAUCUAAAGGUUGUAACUUUAGUAAUAUGGUCUUUGAUAAAUGUGAUGUUCAUACUGUUCUAUCGAAUGCAAAGUCUAUAUACUAUAUUAGUAUAGUCCAGAUAAUAUAUAAAAAAUAA